AAACUCAGCAGUAUGCCAAAGGUUAGAGAUUGGAGUUUGUCGUACCCCUAUUGGGAUGGAUGUGGACGCUAUCCCUAUCCGCCGAUCGAUUUUGAUCCACCUAGACCUAGGCUUGCAUCUUUUGAUGAAAUGAAAGAAUGGGAUGAAAUUAAAUGUCCCAUUUGUAUGGAAAUUCCUCACAACACUGUUCUUCUCAAGUGUUCUUCUUAUGAUAAGGGUUGCCGUCCUUACAUGUGCAAUACCAGUUCCAGGCACUCCAACUGUCUUGACCAAUUCUGCAAGUCAUUUGAUUCUAGUCUCUCGUCAUCAAAGCUGGAAGAAAUCCCUCUUGUCGCAACCACAGCCUCGAAUUCAUCUCAAUGUGGGAACCGUUUGCAGCCAAAACUUAGCUGCCCUCUUUGCCGGGGAAGAAUAUAUGGAUAUAUGGUUUCCGAGACUGCUCGAAGGUAUAUGAAUUCUAAACUAAGGAGUUGUUCUUCCGAGACUUGUGAAUUCCAGGGAACAUAUCCAGAACUCAGGAAGCAUGCUAGGGUUGAGCAUCCUACAGUUCGACCAACGGAGGUGGAUCCCUCACGACAGGGUGAUUGGGAAAGGAUGGAACAACAAAGGGAGCUUGAAGAUGUUAUUAGCUCAAUGAAUGAAAGGUAUAGUGCUGAAAACAGUGGCGAAGACACCAUAUUGUCUGGGAGUAUGCAUGACUUGAUGUCCCUUGUCGCGUAUCAAUUGUUGACUGUUGAAGAGGGCGCUAGCUUGAUUUCUAGUUUGUGGUCUGAUCCAACUCCAAGACCUAGAAUGUCAUUGCAUGACAGGAGAUAUGAAACAGUGCACAGGGUAUCAAAUGUUACACAGACUAAUCAAUCAGCUAGAUGGAGAUCCGGUUUACCUUCAACACAUCACCACCGGAGAAUUCAUAGAGCUGGAUUGAGAAUUAAUCCGUCAUCAUCUCAUGAUCCUGAGGGCGCUAUAUUGAUGUCUAGUUUGUGGUCUGAUCCGACUCCAAGACCUAGAAUGUCAUUGCAUGACAGGAGAUAUGAAACAGUGCACAGGGUCUCAAUCUCAAAUGUUACUCAGACUAAUCAAUCAGCUAGAUGGAGAUCCGGUUUACCUUCAACACAUCACCACCGGAGAAUUGGAUCGAGAAUUAAUCCCUCAUCAUCUCAUGAUCCUGAAGGCGCUAGAUAGAUGUCUAGUUUGUGGUCUGAUCCAACUCCAAGACCUUGAAAUGAUUAGUUUUAAAAUUUAGUGUCUCAGUGUUUGUCUAAAAAAUCCCAAGUUUGAAUAACCACGGCUGAAAGUGAUUGCAAGAAA